AUGUUUUCACAAGGGUCAGAGCAAAACAAUGCAAGGGACUUGCCAGGUAACUAUGGCCAGGUGUUCCAUCCCCAUUCCUUGGGCAACACACUGGGGUGCCCCUCUUGCUUUUGGUUGUUGUACUUAUCCAAGCCUUCUUGUGUCACCUGUUGCGAAUUUGCAGACACUUACGAUGUCUACAUCACAUCAAGUAACAGAGUCAAGUUAAUCGAUUUUAACCCCAUUGGUGGCUCAACUUCGCCACUGUUGUUUACGUGGUGCGAACUUGGUUACCUGCCAAAGAUGGACAGCAAUGCAGAUGGCAUUGCAGAGGCAGCGAUGGCGACCACAGAAGACAAGUCUUCCUCAAGACAGCACAGUGAUCUUCCCGGUGGUUUUGGAGGUUCGCCACCAAUCCGCGUUGUUGGAGAUCAGAGUGGGAUGAUGUUGGGUCAGCAAGUGGCUUAUGGCAUGCCCUUUGAUAUGAUAGGCUGCUCUGUGGAGGACAUGGUGAAAGCGAUGGGAGCGGAAGAGGGAGCUAUGGGCUAA